UACAGUAUGUCUUUUGUGUCUUUAUAUUGGGAUUUGGAAGUUGGAACCAUCGAGUCCAUACAAUUGAGUUAACACAAAUACGCAUGUGGUUAAAAACCAAUGAGGACUAUGUUCACUAACUCUCACUGAACAUUCGAAGUGUUCUCAAGUCUUCCCAAGACAAACGGUUUGUAUGCGAGGCGGCAGACAAAGCGUUAAUCUCAAUGACGAAGUAUGUUUCCCCAACCUUGCUGUUACCAAAGCUGCAACCUUGUCUCAAGCACAGGAAUCCUCGGAUCCGAGCAAAAGCAUCAUUAUGCUUCUCUCGAAGUGUUCCUAGACUGGGAGUUGAAGGUAUUAAAGAAUAUGGAAUUGACAAAUUGGUUCAAGCAGCUGCAUCUCAGCUUAGUGAUCAGCUCCCUGAAUCACGUGAGGCCGCACGGACCGUGCUACUAGAACUUCAGACUGUGUAUGAAAAACUUAAUCCCCUCACCAACCCUGAGACAUCAACAUCAUCAUCUCCAGAAGAGGAGCAAAUUCUAGAGCCAGUUACUUGGGAAAUCUUCUGCCAGUCAAAACUCUCGGCUCUAAGCGCACAAGCCGUGCUUCGUGUCACUAAUGUUGCGACUGUGACUGCUCGGGAAGGUUUGGUUACUGCAGGUCCAUCCUCGUCAGCUCAGUCAUAAAACCUUUUUCUACUACAAUUUUUUUAAAAACCGUUUGCUACGAAUCAUACGGUGAACAUGGUAUUCUCCGGGCAUGAUCUACCAAAUUGGCAAAUUAUGGACAGCGAAAGAGUGUGAAGGCUGUUUGGUUAAAAAUCUUGGUUUCUUUCUCUGUUAUUUUUUCUUUUUGUGGGGUCUCUUCAGUCUUCACCAGUACUUUUUUCUUUUAUGUGUAUAUAUCUAUACCAAGAUUUGGUAAGAUAGCCUGAGGCUUUUGGUUUUAUUCAAAUUGGUCGGUGUCUUGGAUUGGAAGAUUCAGAGUCCAUUCUUCGCAUCAUUAUCUACAGUGCUUAUAGAUAUGCUUCUUCCUUAUCGGAUUAUCUUGGAAGAUUCAUACUCAUGUUUUAGAUUCUUAGUUAAGUCAAUUCAUCGUGGAUUCGUUGUCA